UCCCGCGACGGCGAGCGACCCGGGCGGUUCGGCGCGCGCGGAGGUCCCGGAGGAGGACUGGAGAUGUCCGGGCCGGGCCGCCUCCUGCUCACGUACCUGUUCCCGGCCCUGCUGCUUCACGGGCUGGGAGAGGGGUCUGCCCUCCUUCAUCCAGAUAGCAGAUCCCACCCAAGGUCCUUAGAGAAAAGUGCCUGGAGGGCUUUCAAGGAGUCACAGUGUCAUCACAUGCUGAAACAUCUCCACAAUGGCGCCAGGAUCACUGUGCAGAUGCCACCUGCGAUCGAAGGCCACUGGGUAUCCACUGGCUGUGAAGUGAGGUCAGGCCCAGAGUUUAUCACAAGGUCUUACAGAUUCUACCAUAACAACACCUUCAAGGCCUACCAGUUCUAUUAUGGUGGCAACCGCUGCACAAGCCCCACCUACACCCUUAUCAUCCGGGGUAAGAUCCGCCUACGCCAGGCCUCCUGGAUCAUCCGUGGGGGCACGGAAGCUGACUACCAACUCCACAAUGUCCAGGUCAUCUGCCACACAGAGGCUGUGGCCGAGAGACUCAGCCAGCUGGUGAACCGCACGUGCCCAGGCUUCAUCCCUGCCGGGGCCACCUGGGUACAGGACGUGCCCUAUGACCUGUGGCGGGAGGAGAAUGGCUGUGAGUGUACCAAGGCCAUGAACUUCGCCAUGCACGAGCUGCAGCUCAUCCGCGUGGAGAAGCAGUACCUCCAACACAACCUGGACCGCCUGGUGGAGGAGCUCUUCCUUGGCGACAUUCACACUGACGCCGCCCAGAGGAUGUUCUACCGGCCAUCCAGCUACCAGCCACCCCUGCAGAAUGCCCAGAACCACGACCACGCCUGCAUAGCCUGCCGCAUCAUCCACCGCUCAGACGAGCACCGCCCGCCCCUGCUGCCCCCCAAGGCCGACCUGACUGUUGGGCUGCACGGCGAGUGGGUGAGCCAGCGCUGUGAGGUGCGGCCCGAAGUUCUCUUUCUCACACGCCACUUCAUCUUCCAUGACAACAACAACACCUGGGAGGGGCACUACUACCACUAUUCUGACCCCAUCUGCAAGCACCCCACCUUUACCAUCUACGCCAAAGGCCGCUACAGCCGGGGCGUGCACUCGUCCAGAGUCAUGGGAGGAACGGAGUUUGUCUUCAAAGUGAACCACAUGAAGGUGACCCCCAUGGAUGCUGCCACGGCCUCGUUGCUUAAUGUCUUCAACGGGAAUGAGUGUGGGGCCGAGGGCUCCUGGCAGGUGGGUGUCCAGCAGGACGUGACACACACCAAUGGCUGCGUGGCGCUGGGAAUCAAACUACCUCACACAGAGUAUGAGAUCUUCAAAAUGGAGCAGGACACCCGCGGCCGCUACCUGCUCUUCAAUGGCCAGAGGCCCAGUGACGGGUCCAGUCCAGACAGGCCCGAGAAGAGAGCUACAUCCUACCAGAUGCCCUUGGUCCAGUGUGCGUCUUCCGUGCCCAGAGCCGAGGACUUCCCCGAAGACCACAGGGGCUCCCAGUAUGGGAGCAGGGCCUCGGUGGGGAGUGCUCACCCUCUGCUCCUCACCUUGCUCACCGGCCUUUUGACUCUGCUGCACUGGAACAUCUUCAGAUAGAAGUUUUUAAAAAGUUUUAUUUUUCCAAGUCAGGAUUCCUUACAAUUUGACAGCUCUGUGUUUUUAACAAAAGAAAGGAUAUUAUGAUGCACUUGAAUGUCUGGAAUGGCCCUAUUUUCUUCAGCCUUCCCACCCACCCCCACCCCAGCCUGAGUCAUGAGAGCACUGUUUGAAGUCUCUACUCUGAACAACACCCAGUGGGAUCCCUGGCCUAGGGGCCUUUACAGUAGUCCUUGCACUUUAAGACCAGAGGGUUUUGGGCUAGUGUGUUUGGGUAUAGGGAGCAGGGGUGAAAACUAGGUCUUCUUCUUCACUUCCUCUGAGUUACUGUCUUUCUGAGUUGAACUUAGAAGAAACAGUUAUCAAGCUGCAGCUCUUCCUGCCACUUUACCGCAGUUGCUUCCUACCCUUUUGUGAAACUGUUUUACUCUGAGAUUUGCAAUCCAGAACCUAGUACAGAGUUGGUUUGGGAUCACACAAGAUACCUUUUGUUAAUAAAGAAGAGACAUGGGUGUAGAUAUGUACAUAGGAAAAGACACAAAGCUUAGUGUAGCCACCGUGACAGCCUUCAUGCAGAAAAAGGAGAGAAUCCAAACUUCAAAUGUUGAGUAGAAAUGUUUCUGUAAUUAAAAUUUCAAAGUAAUUUAAACUAUUGUUGUUUUAACUUGUUGGGAAAAGAGACAUUUGUUAGUGCUGGUUCUGGGUGGUGGUAGAUAAGAACGGUCAAGCAGAUGCCAAAAGUAGCCCGGCUUGCAAGCAGCGGUGCCCUGGCUUGGGACCGUGAGUUAAGUGCCAAUGCCCUUCACUUUGAAGUUUCCUCUGCAUGCGACCCUUGCCCUGGCCCAUGCGUGUCUGAUUAGGGCUGGGCAGAGGGAGCUUUACCCUGGCAUCUCUGCUACCUUCACUGAUGACUACGCGCACCACGCUUGGGUGCUCUGGCUGUGCAGACAGAGCAGUCAGGGUAGCCAAGUUGGGUGCUGCGUUAGGCCCUGCACUUGUGUAACACUCAGGCUUCCUGUGAAAGCCCCUGGUCGCCGGACAUGCCAGUUUGACUCGGUCUCUGUCCUGCUGUUGCCUUGGCUCUGUCACGCAGUGUCUCAGGGUCCCCUUGGACAGAGCCCGUGACUUUCUUCCUCACCGGCAUUGGGAGGGUGCUUGAGGCAUGUCUGCCCUUGCUUUGGAUUAUUGGAGAUGGUGCUCUCUGAACACUGAGUGCUAGUGCCGGUGGAGACUGCUGGAGGGAAGGAGUGGUGACCGAAAGCCUGGAUGUCCUGAAAAGCAAACAUGGAAACUAGGAUCAAGGUCAAGAGUCAUACUUGUAUUUAAGAAUUAACUUUAUAAAAUGCUGUAGCAUUCAGUGUGGUGUUAAGUUAUAAUAAGGACGGCAUGGAGUACCAAAGUGCUUUAUCUUUAGAUUAUAUUUUAAGUUGUGGUGCAUAUUGAGGGGGUUUAUUCAAAUGCAAAUACUAACUUAAUGUCUGUCUGCCAAGUUAAAUAAACAAAGAUGUCAAAAAUACUCCCACAAAAUACAUUUUACCUGUGGAUCUAUUUAAUUAAUACUAAUUUUGUCUUUAAAGGCUCUAAUAAAAUUAUAUGAGAAACUAUGUUCAUUGCUAAGGGAUACCUCAGUGAUUUACUGUAAAAAUGAUAAGUUAAUAGCCACUUAAUUCAAAGCUUUCACUUAGACCUAGCUGGUCAUACCUAAUAAAAUGACAUGUACAUACAUACAGUCAAGUAUAUAGUUAUUGACAUGUACACAAUGUUUUAUUAAAUAUAUAUAUAAGGAUGAUAUGAAAUUCACAUCGUUUUUGGACACACUGUAAAUUAGAGUGACCAUUAUAAUUAAUUCACAAAUUUCUGACAUUUUUAGAUUUAUGCCUCUUGCUUACUGUUUCAUGUAUUUUGUAUCUUAUCUUGGUUAUGUCAUGUUAACAUGAGUAAGGGGUUCUAAAAGUAAACUGCCUGAAUAAGCCCUUGAAAAUCUUCAUUUUACAUAAAUAACCCAUUACCCUGAAGAAACCUGGGACCAGUUGAUCUGCUUUUAAAAUCCAUUCAGGUUUUAGAAUCAGAAGUUUAACUUAAGCCCAUGACAUUUCUGAGGAAAGCUUGACUGAUUAGAGUAUUUUAUAAUUAGAUCAGUCCAUAAUAGGCACCCAGGUGCGGGCAAGUAAACCCUGAGUUCUGGUAAAUACUAGAUGAAAGUAGUGAGCACAAAAUUGGUGGCUCUGAGAAUCCUUGGUGGCCUCCUGGAACUACAAGCUAUUCUUGAGCAAAAAUAAAAUCUGGAUAUAAUCUAGGCUUCACGCACCCUAAAACCUACAAAUCCCGAUGGCUCACAAAGGAGCUCCUUGGAAUCUCAGUCUACCCAGUACAGGAGAAGGUAGUUUGUUCAAACCAUGGGCUGCAGGGGGGCAGCACCUCAUCUUCACUAUCUGUGGCAUCCAGCUGAUGUGCAUCCUUAAGCCCACUGCAGUAUCAGAGGGCUGUGGCCUCUAAAGGGUAGCUCAGCCUCACCCCACACAAUUUAUGAUAUGACUUCAAUGUCAGACUCUUGGAGUUCCUGGUUGAAGGAAAGCUUAAAUGAUAAUAAAAGAGUCUGUCUCUAUUCUGCCAACUCUUUAAACAUAUUCUUGAAAACAAAGAUGAUGUUCAUAAUAGUCCUCACAGACAUUGUGGUGUUUUAUUUUAAAAGGUACAUCCGAGCCCUAUAAGACAUAGGAGGUACAUGGCAGUGGAAGAUAAGACCAGCAGAUACAUAGCAUGUAAUUAGGCAUCUCAGGACACUGUCCUCGAGGGAAAUGCUGGACAGCCAGAGGUAGGUUCUUGAGAAGGGAGUACUGAAUGGGCUGGAAGGAGAGGGUGUCUGCUACAACACAGAGUCCUCUGCCCCACAUAGACUCUUCUGGCUCUUUUGAGAAAUUUUCCUAAGCAUACAUUUGCAUCAAAAAACAAAGGUAGCUGCAAUGCCUUCCACAAAUUUCUAGAGUUGAGGGGAGAAACAUAUGCAUUCUUUUCUCACCAGCAGGAGAUUUAUAUGUCUGAAACACUGAUUCUUCAAAUGAGUGUUUCUGAUACAAAGUAAACAAUCUAUAGAUUGAUGCUCCCUUAUAGCUUGUAAGUACAGCAUUAAAAAUAAAUGUGGAUUGUAUUAGAAGCAAGCAGCUUGGCAGGGUAAAGUAAGGUAGACCAGAAUUCUAUGGAAUGAAUGAAUGAAUCCUGUGAAUUGUAAUGAGAACAUAGUGUUUAUUCCUCCACUACAGCUGCCUUAAUAUAACUGGAAAUAAAGGGACCUUCGUAAAACAGGGCUGACUUGCCUUAAAAAGCCUUUGCACAUGUUAAGCUUUUGAGAUGAUUUUUUUUUUUUCCUAAUGGAGCGCACAAGACCAGAACUUAAAAUCUAUUAAAAAAC